AUGUUUAACGAAUUUACCAUUCGAAUCGGUGGAAAUCCCGAAACAGAAGAAGGUCGAGAGUUUCUAACCAGCUGUAGCCCAUUGACUCGCGCCGACAAUAUCAUUAGACCUUUGUUAAUUGCUCAGGGUCAAAAUGAUCCACGCGUAAAGCGUUCCGAAUCCGAUCAAAUUGUGGAGAAGCUCGUGUCCAAUUCAAUUCCAGUGGGUUAUAUUCUUUAUACCGAUGAAGGUCACGGAUUCGCUCGACCAGCGAACAGCCUAUCGUUCUAUUCCAUUGUGGAAAAAUUCCUGGCAAGGUAUUUGGAUGGAAGGUAUGAAGAGUUUGGCAAUGCCUUCGAGGAUGCCAAAUUCGAAGUACUAAAUGGGAAGGAGAUUUUAGGUCUAGAUUAG